GUGUAAGUCAGUUGCACUCCUCGCCACUAGGCGGCGACAUUGACCAAUAAAUGGCAGGAUGAACGCUAGGACCAGAACUAACGUGAGUUUUUUUUUAGUUUUGCAAAAGCGUCUGUUAACGUCGGCCGCCAUUAGACUUGUGACACUACAGUACAACUUAUAUGGUCUUUCUUCUGUUAAUUACAGAAAUGGAGUUUUUUGAACAUUAAAAUAUGUGGCACCAGAUUCAUCCUUCUGUCGUCAAUCUGCACGUGCUACAUAUUUUUGGCGAGCCAGCCAGGAGGGACUGAAGGAGCAGCAGUGCGUCCCAGUCCCUACUUCGAAUCCAGUACAGGAAGUCCAGCGUGGUUAAGUCCAAAGAGGAAGCAUGGAGCAGCUCCAGGAUGAAGUCAGCUCAGUAUUGUGGACAUUGGGAAAGCCGGAACUCAUAAAGGUGUGUCAUCAAUUGAAGUGUAGUGAACCAUCAGGGGUAGGAUUCCAAGGCUUAUCCCGUCGUGCCCUGGGUCGUCUGGCAGAGAAUACUCUGGAUGAGUUGGAGGAGUGUGAAGAAUCUGAUGGGUUCCAACAGUUUCUUAGCGGCCUCCUGUCUUUUAUAAAGUCCAUGCAGGGACAUGACACUGAGCAAACAGAAACACAACCUAAGGAACCUAGUGAAAUGGAGAGGUUAAAAGAGGAGUAUGCUCAGCUUCAGCAGGCCCAGGCAGAGGCACGCCAUGCACUGGAGGAGAAGAUUCAGGCACUAGGAGAUCAGUUGAGCAAUGCAACCAUAGCCAGGGAGCAGAACGUCACCACGACUACACCCCUUAUAGCACCAGAGGUGACAAUAAGGAGAGAGUUCCGGAUCAGUGGGCAAAUAGGGGAGGCCGGACAGAGAGAUAAACUCUCCUUCACUAGCCUUACUAACCAAAUUGAGUCUGGAUUAAAGAAAGGUUAUUCAGAGACGGACAUUAUUGAGGCUGUGGUGAAAGCUGUAAGUCCUGGUAUCCACCUACGUGACCUAUUGGAAAUUAAGAGAGACCUCACACUUUCCACUCUGAAAACCAUCCUGAGAGGCCACUAUAAAGUUGAUUCAUCCUCUGAUCUCCUCCAUCGGCUCAUAAACAUAUUCCAGGAACCUAAGGAAUCUGCACAGAACUUCCUCUUCAGGGCAAUUGAGCUCAGGGAGAAACUGUCCGGAGGUGAGAAUGAUGGUGAACAGUUCAGCCCCGACCUAAUCCAACGCAAGUUUCUGCGUUCAUUAGAGACUGGUCUUCUUAGUCCCAUGGCAUGAAAAUUUCACUUUGAGUUUUUU